GGGACGACAGAAUGACGGAAAGCACUAAGCAGCUGAUAGCUGAUUUGUAUUUGUGAUUUUCGCUAUUAGUAAUUAUUUUUGGUUUGUGGAAGGCGUAAUAGAAGUUUUGGGCCUCAGGCUGCAGUCCAUUAGUAUAAUCCAUCCUUAUCCUUAAUACAGUUUCAAUAUUAAACUAUCAAAAUGCCUCUGCUUAGCAAAUUAAAACCCUUUCUCAACGGCCUAAGCUCCCUUCAAAAAUCAGCCUUUUUACGCCAAAUGUCGGAACAUAGGAUCUUUCCCAUGGAACCCUCCAGAUGGCAAUGGACCAAGUUCAAGGAUUUGACUCAUUUCUAUAUAAUGUUGGGCCUUAUCCCUUGUGGGGCAUUUGUUAGCUACAUGAAUCUUUUCCAAGGGCCAGCCACCUUAUCAGAAAUUCCUGAGGAAUAUACUCCUAAAUAUUAUGAGUACAUUAAGAGCCCAGUAACGAGAUUUUUGGCAAAAUACGUAUUCACUAACCCACAACAGGAUUAUGAGAAAUUUCUAUCCUACCUAUUUAUUGAACAUGAGAAAUCGAGAAUAAGGGAACUUGAAUCCAAAAUCCUGGCUAAAAUGUCGGAAGACAAUGAUUACCAAGCUUAUUAUUUUAGACCAGUCGCAACAAAAUACUACAGGAUUUCUAAGGAAGGUUAUGACAUGAUUAAAGAUUUACAGGAUCCUGUUCCCAAGGAAUAUUAAAUGUUGCAAUAAUUUGUAGUAUAUAAAUUCUAGAGCUAAUUUUUCUCGUUAUAAUAAAAUUACGUGCUAAAUUUCAGAAAAACGAAAA